UAUAUAUUUGUGUUCCUCUCUCUCUAUAUUACAUGUAAUGGAGAAGUGAUAGAAUCUUACUUUGGGGAUGAUACAUUUUCUAUAACUGAUUUGUUCAUCUCUGAUCAUUAAUUGUAUCUCAAAAUCAAAAUCUGAAUAGCAAAAAGAGAGAGUGGUAAAAACAAGACCCAGUUAGAAAGGACAAAAAUGGAGGUGUUUUUCUAUAUGGUGUUUGGAGGAUUAGGAGCAGUGGUUGCAGCAUUGGAAUUGAGCAAAACGAACAAAGAUCGAAUCAACACUUCUCCUGCUUUUAAUUCUUUCAAGAACAAUUACCUCCUCGUUUAUUCUCUUAUGAUGGCUGGGGACUGGUUGCAGGGUCCAUAUGUGUACUUCCUCUACAGCACAUAUGGGUUUGGGAAAGGAGAGAUUGGGCAGCUUUUUAUUGCUGGUUUUGGGUCCUCCAUGUUGUUUGGUACAAUUGUUGGAUCUUUAGCUGACAAACAGGGUCGAAAAAGGGCAUGCAUUACUUAUUGCAUAACCUAUAUACUGAGCUGUAUUACCAAGCAUUCUCCUCAAUACAAAGUUUUGAUGAUAGGCCGUGUUUUGGGAGGCAUUGCCACUUCUCUUCUAUUUUCAGCAUUUGAGUCGUGGCUGGUUGCGGAGCACAAUAAGAGAGGCUUUGAUCAACAAUGGCUGUCUUUAACUUUCUCAAAGGCGAUAUUUCUGGGCAAUGGCCUUAUUGCUAUUUUGUCUGGAUUGUUUGGGAACCUUCUUGUGGAUACAUUUGCUCUUGGACCUGUGGCCCCCUUUGAUGCUGCUGCAUGCUUUCUUGCAAUUGGAAUGGCCAUUAUUUUUUCAUCAUGGACAGAAAAUUUUGGGGACCAUUCAGAGAGCAAGGACUUGCUUACCCAAUUCAGGGGUGCUGCUAUGGCCAUUGCUUCUGAUGAAAAAAUUGCUUUGCUGGGUGCCAUUCAGUCACUAUUUGAAGGUUCUAUGUAUACCUUUGUGUUCCUGUGGACACCUGCUUUGAGCCCAAAUGAUGAGGAGAUUCCCCAUGGUUUUAUUUUUGCAACAUUCAUGUUGGCUUCAAUGUUGGGAAGCUCCCUUGCAUCUCGGUUGAUGGCCCACUCUUCACCAAGGGUGGAAAGCUACAUGCAGAUUGUUUUUGUUGUCUCCUCUAUUUCUCUUAUGCUUCCCAUUGCAACCAAUUUCUUAGUGGCACCUUCUAAAGCGAGAGGUGGAGGCAUCUCGUUUUCAGGUUGUCUACAGCUUCUUGGUUUCUGCACCUUUGAGGCUUGCGUCGGAAUUUUCUGGCCAUCAAUUAUGAAAAUGAGAUCCCAAUACAUUCCUGAGGAGGCCAGAAGCACAAUAAUGAACUUCUUCCGCAUUCCUCUCAAUAUCUUUGUCUGCAUUGUGCUGUACAAUGUUAAUGCAUUCCCUAUAACUGUUAUGUUCGGUAUGUGCUCGAUUUUCCUCUUCAUGGCUUCUAUCUUGCAGAGGCGGCUCAUGGUGAUAUCGGACAAGCCAAAGGCAGAAGAUUGGACAGCUCUGAAGGACAGAGACACGGAGGCAGAACCGCUGAACAUUUGAUGGAUGUGAGCUGACUAAACAUGGAUUUUGGAAACGACCAUAUUCAUUCUAUACAUCUGUUAGCUUAUAUUUGAUUUUUUAAUCCAUUCAGAGAAGUUACAACAGAAAGUAGUGUGGUCUUCCUGCAAAGCAAAAAAAUAUGGGGACGAUCACUUGGAGCUACUAUGAUAUUCUUUUUUGUUUUCUUUUUGGCUGUCUCUAGGUUGACUCAUUAGUGUAUCGACGAGUCUUUCUCUUCUUGUUUUUUUUGUUUUUUCUUAUUAGCUUUGCCCUACUAUUGUUGUAGGAAAUAUCUACAGAGUAAUUCAUGUUAUUCUUUUCUGAGGUGCGUCAAUUGUUUGUACUGAAGAUGAGCAAUCUCAAGUUCAAUUUCAAUUUGUCUACUA